UUCACUUGAAUUCAAAGCAUCCCAAAAUUGUUAUAGAUUGAGCCUUUAGUUUGUGCAAUAUAAUGAAAACUCCAGUCCUUGAAUGCCGCCUUUUCUUCUUCAUAUCCUCCUGCUUGCUGCUCCAAAUGGUGGCAGCCCAAGCCCCAGCCCAAUGCUUGAGCCAUCAGAAAAUGUUGUUGUUGCAGUUCCGGAGCAGCCUCAAGUUCAACCCAAUAUAUUCAACCAAGCUUGCGCGCUGGAACCACAGCACACAUGACAACUGUUGUGUUUGGGCUGGGGUGGAAUGUGACACCUCAGGUCAUGUCAUCAGCUUGAUUCUCGACAGUGAAACCAUUUCAGAUGGUAUUAACAGUUCAAGUGCUCUAUUCAGUCUUCAAUACCUUGAGAGGCUCAAUUUGGCUUUCAACACCUUCAAUUUCACUCCAAUUCCAGUUCAGAUCUAUAAUCUUACCAACUUGACAUAUCUCAAUUUGUCAAAAGCUGAUUUUGGAGGGCAGAUCCCGAGUGGAAUAUCAAGGCUCACAAGGAUCGAUCUCAGGUAUUGCAGUUUCAGUGGAUCAAUUCCCUCUACCUUGGCACAACUUAGGAAUCUCACUUAUGUUGAUUUCUCUAAUAACCACUUCACUGGCUCAAUCCCACAUUCUCUAUCGUCAAAGAACCUUAUUACCAUAGAUUUUUCUUUUAAUGGCCUGGCAGGUCCACUUUCUUCUAAACAUUUUGAAGACCUUUCAAAAAUUGUGUACAUAAAUUUAAGGUCAAAUUGUAUCUCUGGUAGAAUUCCCCCAUCUCUGUUUUCACUUCCAUCAUUGCAUUUUCUAGAUCUUUCCAACAAUUUAUUUGAUGGUCUUGUUGAUGAAUAUGUGAAUGUAUCUGCCUCACAAUUGAAAAGUCUCAAUUUGCGUUCUAAUCGUCUAAAUGGGUCAUUUCCAAUUUACUUCUUUGAAUUUCCAAAGUUGAGUGUGCUGUUGCUUUCUUCCAACUCCUUAAGUGGAAAGAUACAAUCAUCUCUAUUUUUACUUCCAUCAUUGCAUAUACUAGUUCUUUCCAACAAUUCAUUUCAUGGUCUUGUUGAUGAAUAUGUGAAUGUAUCUGACUCACAAUUGGAAAGUCUCUAUUUGAGUUCUAAUCGUCUAAAUGGGUCUUUUCCAGAGUACUUCUUUGAAUUUCCAAAGUUAAGUGACUUGGGUCUUUCUUCCAACUCCUUAAGUGGAAAGAUACAGUCAUCUCUGUUUUCACUUCCAUCAUUGCAGAGGCUAGAUCUUUCUGACAAUUCAUUUGAUGGUCUUGUUGAUGAAUAUGUGAAUGUAUCUGACUCACAAUUGGAAAGUCUCGAUUUGAGUUCUAAUCGUCUAAAUGGGUCUUUCCCAGAGUACUUAUUUGAAUUUCCAAAGCUGAGUAAGCUGUUACUUUCUUCCAACUCCUUAAGUGGAAAGAUACAAUCAUCUCUAUUUUCACUUCCAUCAUUGUUUACACUAGAUCUUUCCAACAAUUCAUUUGAUAGUCUUGUUGAUGAAUAUGUGAAUGUAUCUGACUCACAAUUGGAAAGACUUCACUUGAGAUCUAACCAUCUAAUAAAUUGGUCAUUUCUGAAAUAUUUCUUUGGAUUUCCAAAGCUCAACAGAUUAGAUUUGUCAGACAAUGGAAUUAGAGGGGAAAUACCAUCUUGGAUAUGGGGAGUGGGUAAUGGAACUCUAUAUCAUCUAAAUCUUUCCUGCAAUUUCUUAGAUGGUCUUGAAGAACCUUAUACAAUUCCAAGCAGUCUUACUGUACUUGACCUGCACUCCAAUCAAUUGCGAGGCCCAAUACCAAUUGCACCUACCCCUACUGAUGGAUAUAGUUAUCUUGAUUACUCACACAAUUGUUUCAAUGGUUCCAUCCCAUCCGGUCUUGGAAGUUUUGCUACAAAUGCUUUUUUCUUGUCUCUUUCAAAUAAUAGCUUCACUGGGACAAUUCCUGAAUCCAUAUGCAAUGCUAGCUCUCUGGAUAUACUUGAUCUAUCCAAAAAUAAGCUGAGUGGCAUACUUCCAUCCUGUCUAUUUAAUAGUUUUGAGCGUCUUCGAGUAUUAGACCUUGGGAAAAAUCAAAUCCAUGGUAACAUACCAGAUUCCUUUACAAUCAACUGUGCUCUACAAACAUUAUACCUGAGCAGGAAUUCCUUUGAAGGGAAGAUUCCAAAAUCUUUGAUUAAUUGUUCAUCAUUGGAAGUUCUGGAUAUUGGGAACAACAAAAUGGUAGAUACCUUCCCAUGCCCAUUGAAGAACUUGUCAAGUCUUCGUGUGCUAGUCUUGCAAUCCAAUGUGUUCCACGGUGACCUGCACUGUGUUAAUGCCAAUCAUAUGUGGCCAAAUCUUCAGAUUAUUGAUAUUGCUUCCAAUAAUUUCAGUGGAAAUCUCUCCCCAAAGUUGUUAAAUUGGAAAGGAAUGACUAUUGAUGAAGAUACUGCGCAAGUGGGACAAUAUAUCAUGUUUUUCGAUGGUAGGUUUCAUAUUGGUAAUGCAUAUUACCAGGAUAGAUUAAUGGUAACCAUGAAAGGGAUGGAGAUGGAAAUGGUGAAAAUUCUCAGAGUCUUCGCAUCUAUUGAUUUCUCAUGCAAUAAUUUUCAUGGGAUUAUACCGGAUAGCAUUGGGGUUCUCACUACACUUUAUGUUCUCAACCUAUCACACAAUGCUCUCACAGGGAAUAUCCCCAAAACAAUUGGAAAUCUGAAAGCGAUUGAGUCCUUAGACCUUUCAGCAAACCAACUAAAUGGAAAGAUCCCAUCAGAGCUUGCGAAACUCACAUUCCUUUCAGUCUUGAAUUUAUCAUUCAACAGACUUUCUGGUGUGAUUCCAACCGGCAAUCAACUCAAUACAUUUGAAGCAAGUUCCUAUUUGGGUAAUCCAGAACUUUGUGGUCUUCCUCUCCCAAAAAGUUGCAAAUCACCAAAAACUUCCAAUGGCGGCCGAUCUGAGAUAGAAUUUGAUGGUGGCCCCUCUGAGAUCAAAUGGGAAUAUGUAACUUGUGCUUUGGGAUUCGCUGUGGGAUUAGGGGCGUACCUAUGGAUGCUUUUGCAUAACAAGAGAUGCAGGGAAGCAUACCAACAACUUGACGAAGUUUUAAUACGGCUAUUCGGUCCCCGACAACGCGGAAGAAAAUCUCCAGGACCAAGACGCAGAGUUCGCAGGAACAGGUUCUGAUAACUUUAAGCUGCAACUUUCAGGUAUGAAUGCAGACUGCUGGGAUCAGUGAUUAUGGUGGUGAUACCUCUCAUUGCAUGCAUUUUUUUGUGUUAUUAUCAUCUGGACAAUAUUUAAGUGUAAUAACUUUUGAAGGUGUUGCAUGUUUUUGUGCUAUUUUUUUUAAUUAAUAAAAAUUUUAAAU